UUGAACUGUCAGGUCGAGUGGGCGGUGUCGUGUCGCUUACUAAUUAGCUUCAUCGGCAAAUGUAUCGUUUCGUGUUCAGACACCAGUAGAUGGAACCCCCUAAAGGGUAAAGAGGAUAAAAAAAGGAAACUGCUACUUACAGUAACAGAUAAUACCAUGGAGCAAAUAUAUGUAAAAAUUAAGGAAGAGGACUGUGGAUGGGAAUCUAUGCAGCAUCAGAGUGCCAAAAUUAAGGAGGGAGGUUGUGAGUUGGUGACAAUCGAUAUUAAAGAAGAAUCUCCUCCAAUAUGUGAUAGCACUGACAUGCAGAAAAAUGGAAUUGUAAAUAGUGUCAAGGAAGAAGAUAUUAAAUUGGAAUUCGUCCCUCAGCAUCUGUGUCCACAUGAAGAUGUGCCUGGAUUAGGCCAAAGACCAAAUCAUUCAGUCUAUGUAAAAUUGGAAUCUUUGGAGUCUGACGUGAAAAGGACUGAGAAAUCGUCAUUUUUAAGUCUUCCAAGUGAAGAUUUAAAAGAGAUUUGCAGCUUUGCCCCAUCUUCAUUACCUCAGACAUCGCUGCAGCACAGACCACGACAACCAAAGAAAAAUGAAAAUCUGAAAAAAUCUGGGUCAGAGAAUUUGACUUCAGCCAGAUUGCACUGUAGUCCUCUGCCUGUUGUGAAACUAACAAGGAUCGAUGAUAUGAACACUCAACAGCAAAUGUACAAGACAAAUUCAUCUGCUUCCUCAAUCUUCCAAGAGCAGAAGAAAAAGUUUAAACUGAAAUCGAAAUGCAAUGAUGACAAGUGUAGUCAAGCUGAAAAAAAGACAUACAGCUGUUCUGAAUGUGGCAAGCAAUUCUUGUGGCGUAGUCAUGUUCAGGUUCACAGAAGAAUUCAUACUGGAGAGAAGCCAUAUUGCUGUACUGAAUGUGGCAAACGACUCUCCACAAUAACUUAUCUUCGUGUUCACAGAAGAAUUCAUACUGGAGAGAAGCCAUAUUGCUGUAAUGAAUGUGGCAAACGAUUCUCCACAAACACUUAUCUUCGUGUUCACACUAGAAUUCACACUGGAGAGAAGCCAUAUAGCUGUACUGAAUGUGGCAAACAAUUUCUGCGAAGCAGAUAUCUUCUGGCCCACACCAGAAUUCACACUGGAGAGAAGCCAUAUCGCUGUUCUGAAUGUGGCAAGCGAUUCUCCAAUAACAGCUAUCUUCAGCUUCAUACAAGAAUUCACACUAGGGAGAAGCCAUAUUGCUGUUCUGAAUGUGGCAAGCGAUUUUUACAAAUUAGCACUCUUCAGACUCACACAAGAAUUCAUACUGGAGAGAAGCCACAUUGCUGUUUGGAAUGUGGAAAACGAUUCUUACAAAUUAACCAUCUUAAGAUCCAUGCAAGAAUUCAUACUGGAGAGAAGUUGUGUUGCUGUUCUGAGUGUGGCAAACAAUUUGUUAACCGCAGUAAACUUCAGUUACACAAAAGAUUUCACACUGGUGAGAAACCGUAUUGCUGUUCUGAAUGUGGCAAACAAUUCCUGCAUAGCAGAAAUCUACAGACUCACAUGAGAAUUCAUACUGGAGAGAAGCCAUAUUGUUGUUCUCAGUGUGGAAAACAAUUCACCACCAGUGGUAGUCUCCAGAAGCACACUAGAAUUCACACCGGUGAGAAGCUGUACUAUUGUUCUGAAUGUGGAAAACGAUUUGUUAACAGUGGCACCCUUCAGACUCAUACAAGAAUACACACUGGAGAGAGGCCAUAUUCCUGUUCUGAGUGUGGAAAGCGAUUUUUGCAAAUAGGCCAUCUUCAGACUCAUAGAAGAAUUCAUACUGGAGAGAAGCCGUAUUGCUGUUCUGAGUGUGGUAAACAAUUCUCCACGAAUAGUCAACUUAAGACACACAAAAGAAUUCACACUGGAGAAAAACCAUAUUGCUGUUCUGAAUGUGGGAAGCGAUUUUCAUCCAAUAGCUAUCUUCAGAAACAUACCACAAUAUGCAGUAUGAGAUCUCAUAGAGAUGGAAUAGAAAAAAUGUAAUUUUUCCAUUUGUUUUUGGUUGAAAAGCAUUUAUCAAAAUAGCUUUUUAGCCCAUCAUGAUUUCUUGCUAAAUAUCCUCAUCUCCUAUUGCCUACAAACACAGAGACAUUUUUAGGAGCAAUACCAGUAUUAUGUAGAUCUGGCUUGUGAUAUUUAGGAUAAUACAAAAGUGUGUAAAGCGUCAUGAGUUAUGAAUGAAGUUCACUCCUGUCAUGAUGCACCCAAAAAAAAAAAAAAAGUUAGUGAAGCCAUGUCAAUUCAGUAAUUUCAGACAUAAUCUAAACGUAGCUGGAUCACAACUUCAUCUCAGUCAUGAUACAAUAUUGACAAACAACUCAGUAGCUUCAGAGAAUUUUGAUCCCAUACUUAACAAUGUGAAAAGGAAUAUUCUGGGGCAAAACUCUGAUCACUUCUCUUCUGUCUAGCAAGACUCGUUCAAGAAUUUAACAUCAAGUACUGAAAAACAAACAACCUCACCAGCACUCAGACACUCACCUGUUAUUUGUGGAUGCCCCAAUACUGUGCAGCUCCAGUGAUAAUAUUUAGAAAAGAAACAACUUAUGAAAUAUUUACCCAAAUUGAGAUGGAAAACCAUUUAAGGAAAAAAUAAGGUCAGUACCCAAGUCUUAGCCCCAAUCACAAUGCACUUUACAGAGAAAACAAAAUUUCAGUGUAGCCUGCUUGCCAUAUUCCAGGUCGAUUCAAUAAAUACAGUUUGGACAACUGAAUAAAAUCAAGCAUAAUAACAAAGCAACCUUUGACAAACCCAGGUAAAACAAGUUUUGAAAUCUUACCUGAUGCUCUUUCUCAUUUUUUACAUUCUGAUAUCAUGCAUGACUAGAAUGUAAUACUAGUCGGCCUUCCCCUUUGGCAGUUGUACCUUUUAUAACACAGGCAAGGAAGCAGCAGUAAAGUUAUAGUUAAGCAACAAGCAAGCGUACAAGCAUACUUUAGUGAGAUAGAGAUUGUGGCAUGUAUAGUAUAGGCACACAAAGAAAUGUCAGAACUUUCUCAAAUUCAGGGCACAGUAUGGAGAGUAAAAUAAUCACUGUUUAUCAUCAUUUAUAACAGCUGUCAAUGUCAGUGAGCUCUUGCUGCUUUAUCCAUUGUAAGCAUUGAUGGUGUUAUGUGAAGCUGGGCUGCAUAUUCUGUUUGCAGGCAUGUUGGUGAUAUGCAGAGCGAUUAUGUUAUUCAAUAUUUUAGUUAAAGAAAAUUUGAGUUUUUAAAGUGCAGCGUUUAAAACCAAAGGGUUUUUGCACUCACAAUUUUUUCUUUGCUCAUGCUGGAGAGAUGACACAGUUAAUGGUUUUGACUGUAAGCUCUAGUGCUUUUUGUGUUGUUUUAGUACUUUAGAUUCAAAUUACUCUAUAAGAGAAAACUACACUUUCAUAUUCUAGUGAUUUAAUGUGACCUGCUGCUAUUUUAAAUCAGUUUUAAUGAUGUGCAGAAGAGUCUCUCCAUUUCGAAAUAUGUACAAUCCCUCAGCAAAGGAACAAUGCACAUUUCUAAGUGUGGUCCUUCUUUACAUGGGGCAGUUAAUUCUUGGAAUUUUCUGUAUGGGAGGUGUGCACCACACAUGUACUCUUAAAACUGUCAUACUCAGCAUUGCAUAGUCUUAUGUAGCUGAAUAGUGUUCACUCUGUCUGCUGUUCAAAUUCCAUCUUACUUUAUUCCCCUCUUCACAUAUUGAAUUGAAAUGGCAAAAAAACGGGCAGAAUCAACUGCUUUGUAACACUCUGCUUUCCAUAGCGAUGCUCCGAGCUAUUGCUCAGCAGCCAAUCAAAAUCAGACUCAGGGCACAGUGAGAGGGGAAGGAACAGGGGAAAAUUACAAAAAGAAAGAGAGCAGGAGAGAAUGCAUACUACAUCCUUCCACUCCCAACAUUUGAGCACCAAGCCCGUACGUAAAAUAUGGAAUACAUUGUGGAGGCUUUAAUAGAAUCAUUCUUUACAAGUAUAUAGUGCUUUUCUCCCUACUCAAAGCGCUUUUAGUGUGUGGGGAAACACUUCAACCCCCACUAAUAUGUGGUACCCACCUGGAUGAUGUAACAGCAGCCAUUAUUGCACCAAUACACUCACCACACUUUAGCUAUUAGGUGGUGAAGUGGUGAGAGAGACACAAUCAGAGAAAAGGAAUGAUUAGGGGGCAGGAUGACUAGGCCAUAGAGGGCAAUUUAUCCAGGACAUUGGGAUAAACCCUACUCUUUUCUGAAAAUGCCUAGGGAUCUUUUACGACCACAGAGGGUCAGGACCUCAUUGUUAUGUCUCAUCUGAAGGAUGGCUGUAUAUUUACAGUGCAGUGUCCCUGUCACUGCACUGGGGCAUUGGGAUCCACAUACUGACCAUAGGGUAAGCACCCCCUGCUGGUUUCACCAACACCUGUUCCAGCAGCUACCCAAGCUUCUCCUAGAUGGUCUCCCACCCAAGUCCUGGCUGGCCCUAACAUGCUGAGCUUCAGGUGGAUGACUUCUUCUGAAGUGCAUGUGGUAUGGCUGCUGACAUACUUAUGCUAGCAGAAAUUCUAGACACCGUGCGAUCCAUGUGACCUUCCGGUGCGCUUAUAAUAAUAAUAAUAAUUAUUUGCAUUUAUACCACGUAUAAGAUAAAUACUAAAUCUGCCUUUUCGAGUUGCUGUAAUUUGACAUCCAAGUUCAGAUUUUCAUAUAAAAACGUACAUUCUUCUGAUUUAUAAAAAGAAGCAUUCAGAAAUGUAGACCAAACAUAACAUACAAAUACAUGGCUAAAAUGUAGUGUAAAAAAAUCACAUGAAUAAAAUCGGCAAAAGAGCUCUUGUACAGCAUACAAGAAAAUGAAUACCAUAUAUCAAUCGGCAGUCCAAUUUUAUUCAAUAGCUUUAGAAGAAUUAUUCACAACAUGGUUUGCAUAGUCUAAAUGUAAACUAAUUAGGUUACUACAUGUAGAUGAAUUAAUAUAAAAAAGCAUGGAUUCUUAGAAUUUAUAUACCAGGGUCUGAAGGUAGCAUUGGUUUGACAGAAAUGGACUAGAGAUACAGAUCAAAAUCGUUGUAGUGCCAGUUUAAUUUUCAAGUCACAAGACUCGCACAAAGACCUCUAGUGUAAGGGAAAAAAAUGCACAAAUAAACAUUUUUUGCAAGGUUUGGUCAAGUUUUCAAAAAUAUUGAUGGUCUGAAUAAGAACAUUUUCACUUUAUUCAUGGAAUUAAGAAGUUCAGCGUUCAAGAUUUGAAAAGCAGAUGUUGAAAUAAACAAAAAUGAAAAAACAAAUGGCUAUCCUCCUGUGUCAGCUUCAUAUGGACCAUAUGCUGACAUAUGGAUAGCUGAGUUGAGUAUGAUGGAUGAGAAAAUUUCCAUGUCCUGUAUACAGACAGUAAAAAUGUGUCCAAAUUCUGCUGGACUGAAGUAGGACACUCUCAUGCAUCAGGGUUGUAAGAUGCCAAGUACUGAUAGCUUAUGGUUUUUACACAGAAAGGCACUACAGAGUCUCCAUAGGAAAAAAGUUCUGCGAAAAAUGGAGACACGUUGGGGCUAUUUGUCAUAAUACAUAAUGGAGAAUGAAGAGGUACUGAUCACAUGAGAGAUACCAUCUGUAAGGUAAUGCUUUAUUUUAGGCAUCACCCUUUCUAUACUUACAGUAUUAGUUAUUUUUAGUGCAUUUAAAAAUCUGACAUCCUUCCUAAGACUUUCAUGUUAUAUUAUUUUACAACAUUGAAUCAUAGCGUGUCUAAUUAGGCUUUUCUGACACCGAUCAUUCAAAAAACAACUCUUAGAAGUGAAAAAAACAUCUACAAAAAUGUUAUUAAACACAGAUGAAUUAACUGAAUCAGUAUAUGCCUUUCCCUUUCCCUACCCCUCAUCCUUUCUAUGACACCUAAAUCAUUACUUUUGCAGUCAAUUGCUUCUACAAGUCACAUAAUUAGUUCAGUGGAGUUGACCUGUGUGUAACCAAGAGGUUUCAGGUGAUUGUAGUAUAAAUGUACCUUAAGUAGAAGGGCCAGGUCACUGAAUAUCCUUAACAGUACAGUUAAGUCAGUAAUUCGAAUUAAAAAGAAUACAGCACAGAUGUAGGGUAGGGCAGGCCUACCUCAAAAACAGUGUGAUUUAUGCAAGAGGACUACUAGUAAGAGAGGCCAGCAAGAGACCUAUGGCAGCUCUGAAAGAGAAACAAGCUUCUGUGGCCAAGAUGAGAGAAACUGAAGAUGAUAACUGUUUGUCUGAUUGCUUCACUAGCUGCAGAUUUUUUGGGAGAGUGGCAGAGCAGGCAGCAGCAGAAGAUGGCAGUGGUCACUAGUGUAGGGCAAUAGGUGUGAUUUUUCAGCACCACAGUAAUGAAGCCAGGCCAAACUAAUCAAGUCUACUAUUCAGAUUUAUGUUGUGGAUGGCUGUUUUUCCACACCAUUUUUAUUUAGCUGCCUCAAAGCAGCAGGGAGCAUGGAAGAGAAAGAUGAGAGUCAGGUCUAUGUAUUGCUAAAAGAUCCCAAGGUGUCCGAGACCAUUAGGAUUCCUCAUAUCAAAUACAGUGUUAAGCAAAUGAAACAAAACUAUCUCCUAUCGGUAUAGAAUGGCAAUCAGAAUAAUACUUGGGAGAUAGCAUGAUAAGUGCUGUUCAUGGGUUGGGUUGGAUGGUAGGAAAAUGCUCUUAAUGACUUUCUGUAGAAAUUUGAGACUAUAUCUGACCCAUUCUUACUUGGUGCAUUGAUUGUUGACCUGCCAACAUAUUUAUUUCCAGUGCUACCAAAUACCAAGAUUCAGAAGCAGACCAAAUUUAGGAAGGAGACUAAAUUUAUGUGUAGUUUGUUCAAACCAUCGUUAGACUGUAGGAGUUCUGAUCAAUUUCUUAUUGUAUGAAGGAUAUCUAAUAAAAUAAAUGGAGAAAACCUAAAAAAGAAAGCCACUUUUGAAGAAUCAUAUAUGACCUCUCGAUUAGUUUUAUCCAGAAAGCAUGUGGGAGACCAAGUGUAAGAAGGUUCCAUGGUAUUGUGAGACCAAAAGUGAGCUUUUUUAGCUAUCAUACCAAAGUGUUUGGCGUAAUACUGCACGUCUUUAAAAAAGCACCAUCCCCAACUGUCAAGCAUGGUGAUGGUGGCUGCCAGGACCUGGAAGGAAUACAAAGGUAAAAAGGCAAAAUAACAGCAGCCAAAAACAGGAAGAAAAACUGUCUGAGUCUGCAAGAGAACAGCCACCUCUACUGUUCAGGAGAUUUAUUUUCCAACAAGAUAACAACUCCAAAUAUAGAGGUAUAGCUAAAUUGUAAAGGCUUAAAAACAUCAAUGUUAAUGUCCUGGAGUGUCCAACUCAAAAUCCAGAUCUCAAUCCAAAUGAGAAUGUGUGGAAUGUUCACUCAUCAUUCCCAUGCAAGCUGACAAGGCUUGAGCAGUUUUGCGAAGAAGAAUGAGAAAAAAUGCAUUGCACAUAGACUGUUAGUGCUGUUAUGGCUGCUAAAGGUGCUUCUACUAAAUAUUGGCUUGAAGGGAGUGAAUACUUGUAUGAUCAAUUAUUUUGUGUUUAAUGUAAGUUUAUUGCAGUUCAUAGAGAUGUGUUCUUAUUUGACAUUGGAGUCUUUUUAUUAUGGACCAGUGUAAAACACUUCUAAUUACCUCCACUGUGAUUCAAUGUUGUAAAUGAAGGGUAAAUCAUUUUUAUAAGUGCUGUACAUUUAAUGCAAGGGGUGAUGUCUAAAAUAUCCAGUAGUUAUUUACUGCUGUUUGUUGUUGUUUAUUUGGUCUUAAUAUGACUUAAGCUACCAACACGAUAUAGACCUGUUCUCACAAUGUGUUGUAGUUGUAUUAAGAGUUUAUUACAGUAUGUUAAUUUGAUUAUUUUGUCAGUAUUACGAUUUUGUGUACAUUUUUAGUUUGGUAAUAGAUAUUUUCAGCAUUUAUUGUUAACAUAACCGAACAUUCUCAAACCCAUUUAAUCUAAUUUAGAGUUGCAGGGACAGCAUCGCUCUUGGCAGCAUUGGGCACAAGGUAAGAAACAUCAGGGUGAGAACCGAUUACAUUUCUGUCUGUAUUUCAAAAUGUUUUAACAUUCUUUAAAUAUAGAAAAUGUUAAUAUUAAGAAUGCUGUAAAUGUUGAUAAAGGCUUUAUUGUAGACCA